AUGGAUCAGUACGACGUUACCCUUCCGCAGCUUCCUGAUUUCGACUUUUCCCGGUUUGAAACUGAGUGGAAUAAACUUCGAAGUAAUAUACCUGAACUGUGGAAGUUUAAUCGAGACGGUAGAGAGUUCCAAGUGGGAGAGAGAAUGAAGGCAAGAGGUUUAUCGGCUGAGUACCCGGUUGUGUUGAUCCCUGGAGUUAUAUCCACGGGUCUCGAAUCGUGGUCUACUACUCCAGAAUACCGGCCGUUCUUCCGCGAAAAACUUUGGGGGGGUCUCAAUAUGCUCUCGCAAGUCACAUUCAAUCGAGAUAGGUGGAUCGCGGCAAUGAUGCUUGAUCCUGUUACUGGUCUUGACCCUCCCGACGCCAAGAUACGUGCGGCGGAAGGAAUAGACGCCGCCAGCAGUUUCAUUCAAGGAUAUUGGAUAUGGUCCAAGAUUGUCGAAAAUCUGGCCGUUGUAAAUUAUGACACGAAUAAUCUUUAUCUCGCCCCAUACGAUUGGCGGCUAUCCUACUGGAAUUUGGAGGAAAGAGACGGGUACUUUUCAAAAUUGAAGACUACAAUCGAAGGUUUCAAGAGACGACAAAAGAAAAAGACAGUGGUGGCUGCUCAUUCAAUGGGUGCAACCGUGUGUCCAUCUUCCUUCAGAGCUAAUAAUGUGAUACCCACCUUCAAUCAAUACCCCCUCAAAUGGGUGGAAUCACCAGAGCAUGGCGGGGGCGGUCCUGACUGGGUUGAGAAUCAUAUAGAAGCGUAUAUAUCCAUCGCUGGAACACAUAUGGCCAAAGCUAUGGCAGCGUUCCUUUCUGGAGAAAUGAAGGACACAGUACAAAUGAAUCCUGCAGGAUCUUACGGCAAGUCAUCGGUCGCUUACUGUUUAGUAGUCCUAGAACGUUUCUUCUCUCGUGCUGAAAGACGCAAGUUGUUUCUGAGCUGGGCCGGAAGUGCGAGCAUGUGGAUCAAGGCAUGUUUCAUUUCACCUGGUGGGGAUACAAUAUGGGGCAAUUCGACCUUUGCCCCAGAUGAUCCUAGCGAGGAUUCUAAUGUGCUCGAUGCAAACGACGUAAGAGGGCGGCGUAGCGGUCACACUCAUGGCGAACUUAUCUCAUUCAGACGUAUCCCUGCAUCAGUACCUAUUCCAGAAGAAGGCGAGACGGAGACACGCCUGAUGGAAGAGGAUAAUGGGGUUGGGGUGAAGAACAUGACUUCAGAGAUGGCAGGGGAUUGGAUAUUGGAGCAUACGCCCUCGAGUUUUCAGAAAAUGAUGGCAACAAAUUAUUCCUUUGGAAUCGAAAGAAAUGAAGACGCCUUGAAUCGCAAUGACCGAGAUCACACAAAAUGGACUAAUCCACUCGAGGUCAAAUUACCCAAUGCCCCGUCGAUGAAGAUGUUCUGUGUUUACGGACAUGGGAAGGAGACCGAGCGCUCAUAUUGGUACACUCGCGGUGAUUUUGAACAUGACGAAUCUGCUGCCGAUGGAAUAUCACCUCUCUGUAUAGAUCCAGAUACAGGAUCUAAUCAAACUAGUCCCUGUGCUGGGUCGACUCCUCGUAAUCCGUUGGAUAUGCCUUUGCUGAGAAAGAGCUGGAUUGAUGCAGAUUACACGGAUGAAACUGUGAACCCCAAAGUAUGCAUAAUCGUUCGUAAUGGCGUCAAAAUGGGCGAAGGUGAUGGGACAGUCAGCCUGAUCAGUCUUGGCGCUAUGUGUGUGGAAGGGUGGAAGAGGCGCAGAUGGAAUCCUGCGGGCAUCAAUGUAACUGUCGUUGAACUUUCCCAUCGUCCAGUCCCAUCUAUGCCCCGAGGCGGUGCUAACACUUCCGACCAUGUUGACAUUCUCGGUUCUACAACCUUGAACGAGAUCAUUGUGAAGGUAGCUACAGGUGCGGGCAAUGAGAUAGAGGAAGCGUUUGUUUCAAAUAUCAGGACUUAUGCUCAGCGGAUCCAAUGGGAUUGA